AUGCGGAGCUUUCUGCUGCUGACCGCGCUACUGGGCGUCGCCGCCGUCGCUGAAGAUGGGCUGGCAGCCUGGCUGCGGUAUGCGCCCAUCCCUCAUGCGAAAUCGUACCACAAAAAUCUACCGUCAGUAAUUGUGCCAUUGAAUGCAACGGCUGGACGACCGAUAGAUACUGCAGCUUACGAGCUCGUCGAUGGCAUUAAGGGGAUAUUUGGCAAGCGAGUCACCCUCAAGAACGAGACGCGUGACGACCCAAACCUUCCCGCCGUGACGGUUGGCACUGUCGAAGCAUACGCUGAAGCUGGCGGCGAUGUGUCCAGUGUUCCGGAACUCAUCGACGACGGGUACUAUCUCAGCGUCGCGGGGCCCAGCGUCUUAAUCCUCGGCCAGAAUGAGCGCGGAGCCCUGUACGGAACCUUCCAGUAUCUCGAGCGACUGGCGCAGGGGAAGGUCUCGGAUACCUCGUUCGCAUCCAACCCGAGCGCGCCGAUACGAUGGGUAAAUCAAUGGGACAAUCUACAGGACGGCGGCACCCACGGGAGCGUGGAGAGGGGAUACGGAGGAGACUCCAUCUUCUUCUGGGAUGGCAGGGUCCGCGACGAUCUCACGCGCGCGAGCCAGUAUGCUCGUCUGCUGGCUUCGAUCGGUCUCAAUGCUGUCAUCGUCAAUAAUGUCAAUGCGAAUGAGACGAUCCUGACGCAGGAGAACAUGGAUGGCGUAGCCAGGAUAGCGGAUGCUUUCCGUCCGUACGGCAUCCAGCUCGGUCUAUCUUUGAACUUUGCGUCCCCCCAGUCACUAGGCGGCCUGGAUACAUUUGAUCCAUUUGACGAGAGAGUCAUCAGCUGGUGGGGGGAAAUCACCGAUGAGCUGUACGAGAGGAUCCCCGACAUGGCAGGCUAUCUGGUUAAGGCCAACUCCGAAGGCCAGCCGGGCCCCUUUACCUACAACCGAACGCUGGCCGAUGGAGCCAACCUCUUUGCGCGGGCAUUGCAGCCUCACGGUGGGAUCGUGCUGUUCCGCGCGUUUGUCUACGACCACGAGAAUCUCAACGAGACGCUCGACUGGAAGGCUGACCGCGCAAACGCGGCAGUGGAGUUCUUUGACGGGUUGGAUCCCCAAUUCGAGGACAACGUCGUGAUUCAGAUCAAGAAUGGGCCGAUCGAUUUUCAGGUCCGCGAACCUGUCUCGCCCCUAUUCGCCCAUCUAUCGCAGACGGCCAGUGCAGUAGAGCUACAGGUCACCCAAGAGUAUCUCGGACAGCAAUGCCAUCUGGUCUAUCUUGCACCUAUGUGGAAAGAAGUUCUCGAUUUUGACCUCCGCGUUGACGGCAAAGACUCGGUUGUCAGUGAUAUCGUCAGCGGCAGGCGGUUCAACAAUACUCUCGGUGGCUACGCGGGAGUGGUUAAUGUUGGCCUCAACACGACUUGGCUAGGAAGUCACUUGGCCAUGUCAAACCUCUACGCUUACGGCCGGCUCGCCUGGGACCCGUCGGCCGACUCGGUGGAGCUGUUACAGGAGUGGAUCAAGAUGACAUUCAGUCACGAUCAAGAGGUCGUCGACGUGAUCACGAAGAUGUCGAUGGAGUCUUGGCCCGCGUACGAGAACUACUCUGGAAACCUCGGGAUCCAGACGCUGACUGACAUUCUGCUUGGCCAUUACGGCCCCAACCCAGCAUCUCAGGACGGCAACCCCUGGGGCCAGUGGACCCGCGCGGACGCCGACAGCAUCGGGAUGGACCGCACCGUCUGGAACGGCACCGGCAAUGCGGGUCAGUACCCGGAGGAGGUAUAUCAGAUGUACGAAAAUAUCGACACCACCCCCGACAACCUGCUGCUGUGGUUCCACCACGUGCCAUACACCCAGCGCCUCAAGAGCGGCAAGACGGUGAUCCAGCACUUCUACGACGCGCACUACCGCGGCAGCGCGACUGCCCAGACAUUUGUCUCGCUGUGGAAGACUAUUAAGGGCAAGAUCGACAAGGAGCGCUAUGAGCAUGUGCUCUUCCGGCUAGUUUAUCAAGCAGGCCACGCGCUGGUUUGGCGCGAUUCCAUCACGAACUUCUACUACAACAAGUCUGGGAUUCCCGAUGAAGCCGGCCGGGUCGGCAACCAUCCCUAUCGCAUCGAGGCUGAAGACAUGGAGCUGGACGGGUACGAGCCGUACCUGGUCAGCCCGUUUGAGGCAGCAAGCGGCUCCCACUGCAUCGUCACCUCAAACAAUUCGACGGAAGGCCGGGCCUCGACGCCGCUGAAGGUCAAAAAUGGCAAGUACGACAUCGCGGUCAACUAUUUUGACCAGGCAAUUGGUAACUCAACCUGGAGGCUGUUCCUUGAUGACGAUCUUGUUGGGGAGUGGAAGGGCGACUUGGAAUAUAUUUUAGGGCGCGCACCGUCUCCUUACAUUGAUGGGCAGACGGCCGCGCGGAUUACGUUCAAGCACGUCCAUAUUAAGUCGCGCUCCACACUGAGCAUUGUAGGCAUCCCGGAUGGAAUGGAGCCUGCGCCAAUUGACUACGUCUCGAUUCUGCCAGAGGGUGUUAUUGACUAA